AUGAGCGGAAACUCUUUCCACGCAUUCCUUCGUCGUCUCUUUCUCCUGCUUACGCCAGUCAUGCACGCAAUAGAAGUGGAGCUGUUGCCAGGCAGCGCGGUGAAAUGCGUCUCUGCUUGCGUCGAGCACCGUGCUGCUGACGCGGAGCAGGACACGGAUCGCCUCUCUCGCGAUCAGUACUACUACAACUAUGCAAGCUGCCCAAUCAUGUUUCCCAAGUCCCUCGGCGCAUCAGAUGCCUCCCCGAUGGCACCGGCGAGCACAGCGAUGGGUGGCCUGCAAGAGGCGGACGCAUCCUCUCUUUCUUCCCGACUGCUGUUAGAGAUGGAGGUGGACACAAUUCUGCGCGGAGACCACAGCAGUGAGAGGGGCAGCAGCCCGCCAAGAAGCUGCUGCGACAGCAUCUGUUGCAACAGCGCCGUGCAGCAGACAGCUCUGCGCGCUGGUAUCGUGGAGCCGCGCCUGGCCAAGUCCAACUCUUCGAAAGUGCAUUCCGCCACCGAGGUCAUCGGAGAGAGCACCACUCCGUGGCGCGACUCCUCGGAAAAUGCCUGUCAUGCAGGUCCGGGCUGCACACUCUCGCUGCGACCUCCUCCGCCAUUGUCAUACGUAACAUCGCGCAGUAGCACAUGCACAGGAACGCAAGCGUCUGCACGUGUCGCUUCACUCUCUGCUGCAGCGACUGCCCCGGCUGCAUCCUCCACGAAGCCAGAUGACGCCAGGGUAGGACCUCCCCGAGUGUCGACUGCCCCUCAGCCGUGCCUGCCCCGCGGAUGGCGUGCUGUCAUACAAGAGAGCAUCGCUCGCUUCCUGACCGUGGAAGAGGCGACGGCCUCAGACGCUAGCAGGGCUGCAUGCUCACCAUGUACGAGCAGCUCGCCAGUCCGUGAAGCCUCCGCGGCUACGGUCGCCUCCAGCGCGUCCUCACCGUUGCCGCGCGCUCCAGCGGGGGAAGAGGAGAACAGCGAAAAGCACUGCACAGCCCGUUUGCCGCACAAGACGGCAGCGACUGUCGAUCUGCGACCGCGUAAUGCUCUCAUCGCACCUCUUCCGGUGAAUCAAACUCGCGCUGCCGCUUCCAGAUCGCGUGUCUCAAAGAGAACCUUCUCCGACUCCUCUGCCGCCAGGGGCGCAGCUGGCGUAGGCAGUGGCCAACGGGACGGGCUCACCACCCUCGUGGCUAAGCGCGACGUCACUCCGAAGACGGACGCGGCGCGAUUAUCAUCGCCGUUAGCGGAGCCGGCAAGAACGAUGAUCACCUCUCGGCUUUCCUACACGGAACCAAAGACGUCGGCGCCCCUUGACACCGCCGCGACUAUGUUGGCCGAAGGACCCCUCGACGCGGUGGAGGCGCAUAUCUUUAACGAGGCUGUGGUGACGGUGACCUGCGCUACGUGCCAGCAAUCAAUCGACAUCUUUGCUCUUCGCCCUGCCGGCACUGAGCUGCCCGAAGUCUGUUACUGCCCUCUCUGUGGGAGCCCGUGCACAUGGACGGUGUGCUUUGAGACCGUGUAG